CCUGAUGAAAGGAAGUCGGAGCUGCUGCCUGCUGGCUGGGAAGCCAACAAGGAGGUGUAUACACUGCGCUACAAGUCCACGGAUGAUGCCCAUGAGCUGCUGCUGAAGGCGAUCAUGGUGGAAGACAGUAUGAUCCUCAACGUCAUGGAUCGCAGUUCUCAAAAGGUGGCAGAUGUGACCUUGGCAGUGGCCGACUACAUCGACCCGGAGCACCUGGACAAUUUCCACAAGGUGUACAAGAACACUGAGGAGCUGAGGACAAGGAUUGCUUCAGGCAUCAUCGCUCCCCUUGGGGCCCCUGCUGAAAAGGCCAAAAAGGAGCCUGAGAAGAAGGAUCCUGACUUGUCCCGGGAUUACGACCCCCUCAGGGUCCCUCCCCGGCAGCCAGCAGGCAUGAGAGCACCACCCGGACCUUCCCCCUUGAACCCCUUUGGUGUUGGUGGGCAAGACCUGGACCCUUUUGGAGGCAGGAGUGGGGGAAUGAUUGUGGAUCCUCUCCGGUCUGGCUUCCCACAGCCCAACAUUGACCCAUCAUCGGGCAUCCCAGGCCGGCUUCCCCCGGGAGCAGUUCCACCAGGCGCCAGAUUCGACCCCUUUGGUCCAUUAGGAGCUGGUAGAUCCGGGCCAGAUCCCGACCACCUUCCCCCCCCAGGCUAUGAUGACAUGUUCAUGUGA